CUGUCAUUCUAUUUAAAAAUGUGGUGAGGUUAUGUUGAAAUGUUAAACAAGAUCAAUUAAAUUUCUACCAACAAAACUCAAAUGAAAUAAUGUCGCUUUUCAAAAGUGAUUCGCAAGUUCUGUUGACCUGCGUUGAUGUAAACGAAACUAACAUGGACGAAGAAUUGUAUACGACAAAUUUUUUGGAAAAAACAAAAGACUUUGACGAUUGGAUGAAAAAAGCUGGUGUUGACUGUUUUUUCACGAAAAACAACUUCGGGAAAUUGACUUCCCAAGACUCCACAAGCAAACAUUCAAAUAAUAAAAACGAUAUUGAGUAUGAAUGUGCAUCUAAAAUGCAAAGUAAGAAACAAGCAAAGGAUAUGAAAAAACCGAAUAUUUUGCGGUCGCAUAACACGAAAAUUGAUAGAAAUAUGAAUGCUUUACAAGAUAACAUUAGGAGAUCAUUUAAAUGUGAUAUACUAAGUAUUAACGAAGCUAAAAAUGUCUUUAUGACUUUUACUUCGAAUGUCUGCUAUUUAAUUAUUAAAGAUUCUGAUGAUCAGCAGAUUUUUGCCCCACAAAAAAUACAAGUCAACAACUCUUCAGUGAUGGUGGAAGAUGGGCAGUCGACAACAAAACAAGAAAUAACAUCAGUAAAAAAGGUGGAUAUAGCAAAAAGCCAUGUGGAUGUGACCCUUCCGCAAAUUUUGACAAAUGUUGGUGCAAAAUUUUGCUUGUGUCCUCUGCUAGAGUGUCAGGAGGGAUUUCACGACGUUUCUACUGCUAGAAUACACGCCCUUAGGCACAUGGGGGUGAAACCUUAUCAGUGCAACAUUCCCAAUUGUUCAUGGAAAUUUUAUACUCUAUUUAAGCUGCAACGGCAUCAAGAGACGCAUUCAAGAACAAAAAGCUUUGUUUGUAGCCAUAAAAAUUGCGACAGGUCAUUCACAACCGCUUACAACUUGAAGCAUCAUGAAAAGGCCCACAUUAAACCCUUAUCUUUAGACUGUCCUGUCGAUGGUUGUGAGGAGAGGUUUCAAAACGAGAAAGAUCGCAGAACGCACUAUAAAACCCAUAAUGCCAAGGAGGCCCCAUUCAAAUGCACUGAAGCAGGCUGCGAAAAGUCGUUUUUCACGCACACCGCCCUCCUCACGCACAUGCGCAGUCACAACCACAAAGAUUCCGAGCUGAAUUGCAAUUUUCCCAACUGCGGAAGAUCGUUCAACACUCCCUAUAGGCUAAAAGAACAUUUAAGGACCCAUACAGGCCAAAAACCUUAUGUAUGCGAAUAUAAGGAUUGCACAUGGAGGUUUAUGACGGCAAGCAAGUUAAGGAGGCAUCAGUGUACACAUACUAAAGACAGGAAGUUUCAUUGUACGAUUGGGAGCUGCACAAAAUCGUUCAUACGGUCCGAGCAUUUACGGGAGCAUACUUUGACUCAUAUAGGUCAAAAAACAUUUGAUUGUGAAGCUUGCAACAUUUCUAUUGUUGGUAAAUCCAACAUUUGCACGCACAGAAAAAAAUAUCAUCCAGAGAUAACAAUAGAAAUGCCUUCCACGUCAAAAACAGCUGAUGCUUCCGUAUUUUUAAGUUUCACUACUAAUUGUAAAUCCGAUAAAACCCCUCAACAGGAUGUUUUACUGGAACAGGCUAUACAAAGUUUGGAUGUUGUAAAUACCAACUCAGAUUUGUCUAUUUUGGGUUCUUCCUGUUUGUUGCCAGAAGAUUUGCUCGAGAGCGACGUUAAUUUUUCAACUGUUAAUUUAAGGGAUCUUGACUAAUUUUUUUUUUUUGAUUAUUUAUGGGUAUUUUUUUUUCAGUGUCUGCUGAGUAGGACGAUAAAUCCCGUACCAUUCCCUUCACUUUCCUGUACUAAUUUUCAAAAAAUCCCAGCAAAUAUGGCAGUUAUUUAUUUAAGGUUUGUGCAACAAUUAAAUUUGAAUUCGAAUUGCUAAAAUUUAGGGGCGAUUCCAGUGAUAUAAAUGAAAUUAAUUUUCUCUUAAUUAUUGUAUUCCCGUAAACGUGAAAUUUCCUAGCAGUAGACAACCUGAUAUAUUUUUUGGCUUGCAAAGCUUACUAAUUGCUUUAAUAUUUAUGGCUAGGCGUUAUGAUUGAUAUUGGC